GAAAAACACAAAGAAAGAAGAAAGAAAGAAAGAGAAAAAAAAAGAUAGAGAAAGACAGACCUCAUGCCAAUAAUAUCCAUUUUGCCAGAAACUUCCUACAUUUUCCUGGGAAGCACUCACUGUGGGACGUGAAUACGAUGCUGAUGGGCGUGCGUGCAGCCCAACAUGUGCGCACACAGACUACAACAUUGCUCCUCCCCCUCCUAGUCUUCUCAUCAUUUCUAGUUGUGACAUUUGGUGCGCCAGAAUCCGAUGCCCUCAUAAAGUUCAAGGCCUCAAUAACGAAUGCUAAUUCGGCUCUAGGCAGUUGGAAUCCUGCAACAAGUCCGUGUAAUGGAGAUUAUGGACAAUGGAUAGGUGUGCGCUGCUCUAAAGGUAAUGUGUUGGGUUUGCAGCUUGAUAACAUGGGCUUAACCGGUGACAUAGAUGUUGAUGCUCUUGCUUCUUUGCCUGGCUUGAGGAUUCUCAGCUUUCAGAACAACAAGUUUGAAGGUUCAAUGCCUGAUUUCAAAAAACUCACCGCGCUAUGGAACUUGUAUCUGUCGAAUAACCAAUUCUCAGGUCCCCUUUCGGAUGAUGCAUUUGAUGGUAUGAAUUCCUUGAAGAAACUCUAUAUUUCCAAUAACAUGUUGAAGGGUAAUAUUCCCAAAUCAAUUGUUACCUUGCCCAAGCUUAUAGAGGCAAGGCUCGAGGACAACCAAUUUUCAGGCCGCGUACCUAGUUUUCAGCAGAAGGAUUUGAAAAUGAUAAAUUUAGCAAACAAUCAAUUAGAGGGUCCAAUCCCUGACAGUCUAAGCAACAUGACUCCAAGCUCAUUUCUAGGCAAUAAAGGUGUGUGUGGGAAGCCACUGGACACAGUAUGCAAAUCCGCAGAUGCUGCCAACACUCCAAAUGGUACUCCUAAUCAAGCUCCCAAUGCAGCUAAUAGUCCCAAUGGUCCGAAUGCUCCAAUUGCCUCACCGGAUCACAAUAAAUCUCCUCUGACAAUAGUCUCUAUUGUAGUUGCCGCUCUGAUAGUAUUAGCAGCAAUCAUUUUAGUUGUGUUGGUAUGCUUCCGAAAGUCCAAGGAACCACAAUCAUACAAGGAACCACAAUUACACCAGGCUGUGUCAAUGAACAACCAGAAGAGCAUGCCAAUGAAGAGUGUGACAGCGAAGAGCGUGGCAGCAAUCCCAGUCCCAGCUGCAGCAAAAUACCAUGUGGAACCGGAGUCAUCCCCUGAGAUAAGUGGGGAAAUGAAGAAGGGCGAAGUGGCAAAGUUGUCAUUUGUUAGGGAUGACAGGCUGAAGUUUGACCUGCAGGACUUAUUGAGAGCCUCAGCAGAAGUGUUGGGGAGCGGAAACUUUGGUUCUUCAUACAAGGCUGUACUCAUGGAUGGUCAAGCUGUGGUUGUCAAGAGGUUUAAGCAAAUGAAUAACAUAGGAAAAGAUGAGUUCCAUGACCACAUGAGAAGACUAGGAAGGUUGCAACACCCCAACUUGCUGCCUCUUGUCGCUUACUAUUUCAGAAGAGAAGAGAAACUAUUGGUGUUUGAUUAUAUCGAAAAUCGCAGCUUGGUUGGCCACCUUCAUGGCAACCAUUCUGUGAACCAACCAGGACUUGAUUGGCCUACCCGUUUAAAGAUUGUGAAAGGAGUAGCCAAGGGCAUGGCUUACAUCCACAGUGAGCUCCCUAACCUACUCGUACCCCACGGUCACCUGAAAUCUUCCAAUGUUCUGCUAGAUGAAUCCUUCGAGCCCCUCUUGAUGGAUUACACUCUAGUCCCGGUAGUCAACCUAGAACAAGCUCAGAAGAUCAUGGUUGCUUUUAAAUCACCGGAGCAUGUCAAACACGGACGCACAACAAGGAAGACAGACGUGUGGAGUCUCGGAGUACUGAUAUUGGAGAUCUUAACAGGCAAGUUCCCUGCAAACUACGUUGCAGAGGGUGACGGUGCAGAGCUGCAAGGCUGGGUUAAUAAGAUCACAAGGAAAGCAGCUUUCGAUAAGGAGAUGGGGAACACGACGAAUGCUGAAGGACAGUUGAAGAAGCUUUUCAAGAUUGCAGUGGCUUGCUGUGAAGAGGAUGUAGAGAAAAGGUGGGAAUUGAAAGUGGCUGUCGAGAAGAUUGAAGAGAUAAAAGAGAGUGACAGUUAUGAAGUGGAUGUGUAAUUAAUUAAUUGUUGGGAUUGGUUGUUACUGGUUUUUAGUUUCAACCCCCUACAUGAUCAAGAAUCAAAAGGCUGAAGGGGUUGAGGUUGGAAUGUAGGCAUCAAGACUUAAAAACUUCCAUAUAGUUGGUGCAGUUUCAUGUUCAAAAAUAAUUUCACACAAAGACAAAAGAUGUUCUUUUGUUUUCAUUU